AAAUGAAUAGAUGAUUGAAUAAAUUACCAGCAAAGACGGCUAUAACGGUCUCAUGUACGGACCUAAUCUUCUUCUGCUGUAAAUAAUAAGAUAAACAAAGUGAGCAGAUAAUUAGCAAAGUCAAAAUGCUUAAAGCUAAGGAAGUCAUCUGCUCUAUUUUCAUUGGAGUUUCAUUCUUAUCAUCUCCGGUCAUCAUCAAAGUAAAGGAUAAAGGAGAAUGGAUAUCUCAGUCGACCCUGUGGUAUUUUAUUGUAGCGGCUGCCAUAAAAUACUAGGCGAUACUUUAUCUUUCAUUGAAACUAACGAUAUCUUGAAGUCUAUCGUGCUUUCAAGUGUGACAAACAGUGUAGAUAUCAGUACAACGAUAAAUACAAGUAAUGAUACUCUAGAUACUGGCUCUACUUUCGUUUGGUUGAAUUGUUCAAAUUGUCAGAGGUUGAUAGGCAAGAAGUAUCAUAGUACACCUGACCAUUUAGCAUAUUUAAGUGAUAACUUUAGUCUUAAUAUGUUCAACGGUAAUGUCGCAUGGUAUCAGCUUGGUUCACAAAAGCCACAAUCUUCAAUACGACAGAGCUUUACUGAACAAGAUUCUGAUGGUGCAGACCUUUCAGAUUUAUUCAAAAUUAAAUCAGUUCUCCUACACUACCAGCAGCGAUUAGAUAAUAAUGAUAAAGGUCAACUUUCGCUAAGACAAAAACUGAAUGAACAUGAUAAAAGGUUAGAUAGUUUUGAUAAAGAUCAAAUUGAUCUACAACAAGAUUUAGAUGACCGCAUUCAAUCUAUAGACUCCCUUCAACAUAAACUAAAGCUCUUACAAAGACGACUUGAUCAUUUAGAAUCCAAGAUACCAAAAUGAAUGACUACAUUUCAU